UUGAGUGAAACCAAUUAAUUGAUAUUGUAAAAAUUAAUUAAUAAACAAAUGACGUUAUCUUAAUACGCUUUUUACAAAAUUUAUUUUUAAAUUAAAAAAGAAGAAAGGGUUUUGAUAUUUUUAAUUCAUUUAAAAAUAAUAUAAAAAUAAAAGAAAAUUUAACGAAAUGCCACCUUUAAAAAUGUUCACAACAAAUCAUGAUUAUAGUAAUAAGAAUAAUAAAUGUUUAGCUGUAACACAGAAUACAACAUCAUCAGCAGAACGACAUAAUUCCAGUCCAAUUCCAUCUUAUGCCAAUUUGCAGUAUUCAUUAAAAUUGCUAUCAAAUUUUAAUUCAUUGAGACAAGCAAAUCGUUUUUGUGAUAUUAUUUUAAUUGGUUCCGUUGAAACGAAAAAAUUUCCGGCUCAUAGAGCUGUAUUGAGUGCCGCAAGUGAAUAUUUUGAAGCCAUGUUUCGUCCAGAAUUGGGAUUAUGUGAAGGUAAACAAAAAGCUGUAGUUUUGCCUACAAUCGAUAGUGAAGUAUUAAAUAAUUUAUUGGAUUUCAUUUACACAGGAAAAGUUGAUAUUAAUCAAUCUAAUGUACAAGAGUUACUUGCUGCAGCUGAUAUGUUACAAUUGCAUGAAGUGGUUGAAGGAUGUUGUGAAUUUUUAUGCCGAGAAUUACAUUGUACAAAUGCACUAGGAAUAUUACGUUUUGCCGAAACUCACAAUUGCCAUAAUUUAUUAAAAGCAGCCAUGAAUUUUAUUUGCCUUAAUUUUCCUGCAAUAACACAAGAAGAUGAAUUUUUGGAUACACCACAAAAUCUUCUAUCACAACUUUUAACAUCAGAAAAUCUUCGAGUAGAUAGUGAAUCUCAAGUUUUUCAAGCUGCAUUACGUUGGAUUAAACAUGAUAUAGUUCAAAGACGUUGUCAUGUAUUUGAAAUGUUGGCAUUAGUUCGUUUAGCAUUAGUACCGAUGCGUAUAAUUGAUCAAGCCAUUAAAGAAUGUGGUGACAGUUCAAUACAAAUUGCUUUAAGAUCAAUAUGUCGUGAUAUAGCAUCACGUCGUGGUCAAUUGGUUCCACUACGUGUUAAUCCUAGAAAAUCAGCCAAAAAAUUUGUUUAUAUUAUUGGUGGAUCAAAACGUGAAACAUCAAGUGGUUGGAAUCCUUCCAGUUUUAUAUAUGAAACUGUUGCUAAAUAUGAUAUAUUUAGACGAGAAUGGACUGAAACUGCAAUGGAAAUUGGUAGAAUAUUACCGGGUGUUGCAGCUUUAAAUGGAAAAAUUUAUGUUGUUGGUGGUGAGAAAGGAAGUCAAAUUUUAGCUAAUGGAGAAGUUUAUGAUCCACAAAAUGAUACAUGGCAAGCAAUAUCACCAAUGAUUGUUCCACGAUGUGAAUUUGGUUUAUGUACAAUGGGUGGACAAUUAUAUGCAGUUGGUGGUUGGAUUGGUGAUGAUAUUGGUGGAUCAAUUGAAAGUUAUGAUCCAAUUAAAGAUACUUGGACAAUGGUUGAUUCUUUACCAGAACCAAGAUUUAGUAUGGGUGUGGUAUGUUUUGAAGGAUUAAUUUAUGUUGUUGGAGGAUGUACAACUACUAGUAGACAUUUACCUGAUUUAAUAAGUUAUAAUCCUGUGACUAAAGAAUGGAAUAAACUUUCACCAAUGCAAACAGCUCGAUGUCAAAUGGGUGUAGCUGUUCUAGAUAGAUAUUUAUAUGUUGUUGGUGGUAAUAGUAAUCAUCAGGAUGUUUUAUGUACUGUAGAACGUUACAGUUUCGAUGAUGAUAAAUGGACUAUGGUUACACCAAUGUCUGUUAGUCGUGCUAUACCAGCUGUAGCAGCAGCUGAUGGUCUUCUUUAUGUUGUAGGUGGUGAUCAGGUAAAUUUUUUUUUUUUUUAUUAAAUUUUUUAAAAUUGAAUUUUUUCAAAUUAACUUUGUUUAACAUUUUCUUUGUAGCCCUAUGAAAUUAAUUUUUAUAGAGCUCAAGUAACCAUAAGCUCAGUUGAAUGUUAUGAUCCAUUAACUGAUACAUGGAAAGCAUGUCCUGAACUUCCAAUGAGCCGUUCUGAAGCUGCUGCAGUUGUAGUAUAAAAUAAUUUUAAUAUAGAUGUCGGA